CAUCUUUGAUCCAUUCAGAACUUUAUGGAACCCUAUAGUAUAAAUCUUGUGAAUGUUGUAUUUGUUUGACAAAACAUACCGUACAUGAACUUGUAAAACAUUUACACUGUACAUGGAUUUCUAUUUACUGAUUUUUUUGAUCUGCCAGAGCCUGUUGCUAUUACAUUUGUGAAAAUCUUGAUUACUGGUAAUGAAAAUUUUCUUUUUCAGUUGUAAUGACAAACUUAAUUGGUUACUUGGAAAAAUGUCUCACAGAAUCGGGUUUGCGAGGAACUGUUGCUGCAGUUAUGUACGGCACAUGUUCUGUUUCCAUGGCAUUUAUAAACAAGGCUUUGAUGACAACACUUGAAUUUGAUUUUCCUGUAUUCAUCAUGGUGAUUCAGAUGGUGUUCACCAUUACGCUUCUGGAGGGGUUGUCAUGUGUUAAUCUGAUAAAUUUGCCCAGAUACACCAUACAGCGAGGAAAGUCGUUUGCAUUACCUGCCUUUUUUUAUGGAGUCAACUCAGUCUUAGGCUUGAGUGCUCUAAGUCACAUGAAUGUUGCCAUGUAUGGAGUUCUAAAACGAUGUGUACCGUUAGUGACAAUGUUUUUAUCUGUUGUUGUUCUAAAGAAGUCGCAUCCUACUCGGGCAACAACUCUAUCUGUGAUUCUUUUGACCAUGGGUUGUGUUGUAGCAGGUUAUGGAGAUCUGAAAUUUAACUGGCUAGCAUAUACAUGUGGAGCAUUGAGCAACCUUUCACAAUCACUGUACCUUCUGCUUGUUCAGCGGUACUGUGAGAAAGACAUCAGCACUGUGGAAACGCUCCAGCUUAACAGCGUGAACACCCUGCCUUUUCUGACACUGUACAUGUUUCUGAAUGGCGAAGUAUUCCAAGUCACCAAGUACACCACAGACAGUCCACUGUCCUUCUUUGUGAUAUUCCUCCUGGCGAUCAGCAUGGGGUGCCUCUUGAACUACACGUUAUUUCUGUGUACCAGCCUGACUUCGGCCCUCACUACCAGUGUUGUGGGGGGCCUGAAGGCUAUGGUACAGACCCUGUUUGGUCUGUUUACUUUUGGGGGGAUCAGCCACAACUACCCCACCUACAUCGGUAUAUCUAUGAACCUGUCGGGGGGUGUUUGGUACAUCUAUGAGAAGUACUCCGAGGGACAGCGUUCUGGUGCGGGGUCCACCACCCUCAAAAAGAUAACAAGUCUCUCUACUGCUGAAGAUUUCCACAGACUGAAGACUUCAUCACAACAAACAACAAGGCCUCCUGGUCUACAGUCCAUUCUAGAAGAAUCUCAACCAAGGCAUCCGCCACAUUCCAAUACUGAAAGUACUGUGAUCUCAUUUGAACAAACAAAGUGAUAUAUAUAUGUUUUAAAGUAUAGAGCAUUAUUUACAUGUAUUUCAGACAACAAGAGUCAUUUUUCUAUGCAUUCAUACAUUUACAUGUAUUUUUACAUCAUCCUUGAUCUUAUGAAGUCCAUUCCAAUAAUGCUGUACAAUUCAUAAUGUAAAAUAAUCUAAAUUUACACAUUUUUUAAGUGAUCUGAUUUACUUGAGCAUGUUGAGGGGGCUUUUGAAAUGACUGGAUGUUUGUUUUAAUGUUUUUUAUUUUUUUCCAGAAAUUACUUGCAAUAACCAUUUUGAACUGUAUCUUUAGCAAAGGGAAUUCUUGCCCACUCUCCAGCUUUCAGCUGUGCCUUAAAAAAAUCUCUCUAUUCAAGACAUCGAACUACAUUGCAACAAUUGAGUAUAUUAAACUGUAUACAGGGAAAUAUUUAUCCUCGUUUUAUUUUUCGCACUUUUUGCUCUCGUUGUCAGUGGGCGGAUUUAAAACUGGGCGAAUUCCAAUGUCUCAAAUUAUCUUUCUUUGAACACAGUAAUGUAAGACGGGGCAUAACAUCGUGUGCUAUUAGAGAGAUCUUAUGGUCAAUGCUUUAAUGUUUUGAAAUCCUCUCUUCAUCCAAGAAAUAAGCAAACUGAUUAAUUCAACUUUCUUCGUCUGUGAUAACAUUACGAAUCAAUUAUAAAAGAUGAGCGACACAAAAUGGGCGUGUCUUGUGGCAUAACCGAACACGUUUUUGGCAGCGUCGCGUAGUAAUACAUAGAGCGUGCUACAUGAAAAAAUAGUGGUUUUAAAAUGUUGCUUUAAUGGGUAGAAAUUAGAAAUGAUAUAAAUACAAGUAAUUAGGAAUUAUGAAGUUAUUAUUUUGGUGUGAGCGUGGUCAAAUCUAUCACAAAGCCCUUUUGGCUUUAUUGGAUUUGACCAAAACCCGACCAAAAUUAUCACCUCACCUCAUAAUACCCAAAGAUUGAUUCCUUAUUCCUUAAAUACUAGUAAGGGAAAGGGACUUCAACUAAUACUGAAGAAUACUAUGGCAAUAUUAUAUAAAUAGUGCCUGUUUGGGAGGGUAACAGUUGAAA